GGUCCCCACCAGAAAAUGGAGAAUACUAGCGGGUCUCACACAACCGCUGCUCCACCUCUUUCAAAACAGAAUCCUCGAGGUUUCCAGAGAAAGGAGGAGAGAGAGAGUGAGACUGAGAGAGAAGCCAUGGACGAUGCAAAGAUCUCAGAGCUGAAACAGUUCGUGAGCAGUGUUAAAUCAGAUCCUUCUAUUCUCCACAAUCCAUCUCUAUCCUUCUUCAAAUCAUAUCUCCAGAGUCUAGGGGCUAGAAUUCCGGCAAAACCAGAUAAAUGUGGUUGUGGCACUUCAGACCAUGGGGAACAUGUUGAUGCCAAAAAAACAAAUCUAUGUAGUGAAGAUGACAAGUUUGAGGAUGAUAUUGUUGAGUCUGAUAUUGAAUUGGAUGACACUGAUGUUGUGGAGCCUGAUAAUGAUCCUCCACAAAAGAUGGGAGAUCUGUCAAUUGAUGUAACUGAAGAAAAUCAGGAUGCUGCACAAAUGUUGAAAUCAAAAGCCAUGGAGGCCAUUUCUGGAGGAAAGCUAGAUGAAGCAACAGAUAAUCUAACAGAAGCCAUCAUGUUGAAUCCAAGUUCAGCAAUAUUAUAUGCAACCAGAGCUAGUGUCUAUGUUAAGCUGAAGAAACCAAAUGCUGCAAUCCGUGAUGCUGAUGCAGCUUUAAAGAUCAACCCUGACUCUGCAAAAGGAUAUAAAAUACGAGGAAUGGCGAGGGCCAUGUUGGGCCUGUGGGAAGAAGCAGCAACUGAUUUGCAUGUAGCAUCAAGGCUAGAUUACGAUGAGGAGAUUGCUUUGGUACUUAAAAAGGUUGAACCUAAUGCACGCAAGAUUGAGGAGCAUCGCAGAAAAUAUGCACGGUUGUGCAAAGAGAGGGAGCUAAGAAAAUCUGGGCAUCAGAAGCAACAGCAGCAAGCUCAACCCCAUGAUCCGGAAGCUGCAGCUGCUUUGAAGGAUGGCCAAGUAAUGGCAAUUCAUUCUUCUUCUGAACUGGAAACUAUGUUAAAAGCUGCUUCGAAGACGUCUCGCUUGGCAAUCCUGUAUUUCACUGCAACAUGGUGUGGGCCUUGUCGUUAUAUUUCUCCCGUCUUUACAAGCCUAUCAGGAAAGUACCCAAAAGUUGUUUUCUUGAAAGUUGACAUAGAUGGUGCCCAGGAUGUGGCUGUAAGCUGGAAUGUUAGCAGUGUUCCAACUUUCUUCUUCAUAAAAAAUGGCAAGGAGAUUGAUAAAGUGGUAGGGGUUGACAAAAGUGCACUUGAAACAAAGAUUGCACAAUAUGCAGGCCAAUCUUAAGUAUAUUCUGGGUUGUUUCUUUGAUAAACUUUUCUGUAUACAAUUCCUAUUAUACUUGUUGCACCACUCAAGUCAAGUAGGUGUUACCUUUGUUGUAAUACUCAAGUCAAGUGGAUGUUAUCUUUGUUGUAACGGGUGUUGUUACCUAUGUACGAUUAAUAGAUAAAUAAUGUUCGGAAAUUUGCCACAAAAGAAAAAAAAAAAAAACCAAACUUAGAUUUUGUUUUAAAUCUUCAUUGACAGGAGCAUAUAAAUACAUGUAUUCCGAUACUAUAUGAAUUAUGUAUUAGCUAUGUUCUGAAACUUAAAAGACAGGCAUGGAAGUGGAAAGAGAGAUCAAACACAAAGGUACUGUGGAAACUUCAUUUCCUCUCAUUCUUGGAGUAAAAUCUCAGAACCACGUAGAAGAAGAGGCGGUAAAGAACUCCCCACCCCAACAGGAUAGCAAUAUCAUACCAAAUGUUCUCCCACUGAAGACCCAUGGAGGACAGAAUAUCAUCACCUAUCAAUGUGCAGUUUAUUGAUACAAAUUUGUUGUGCUCUCGGCUGUAGGUCAAGUUACCAAGAGGGCCUGGCGAAAGAUCAGCAGGAGAUCCCUUGUAGCAGUGGGUGCCUUGGAACUCAUUUAUCAGUAAUGCUUCAAACGGGUAUUUGAUUGCAGAAAUGUAAUGGAGCCAGAUCCAGUAGCUGGGUAUUUUAGUUCGCUUCAAGAAGAACCCACAAGAUAGGAAGAAAAGAGCAGUGGUGGCAAUGACGACAGCAUAACCUGUGAUGUAGCUUGGCACCAGUGCGCUAACAAGCAUCACAUAAGCAUUUGUGGUGAUGAGUGAUGCAUAAAGGAUUAGCCAGAAGAAGAUGACGUCGCUUUUCAGGUCGAGUAUAUACCGGGUGAUCAUGGCAAACGUGAGGCCCUGAAUGGCAAAAAACGGGAGGUAGACAAUGAGGGACGAUACGACGUAAGAAGAAGCUCGGUAUGCAUUGUGGGCUGUUUCUCUCAUGAAGAUAAAUCGCUCUUGGAUGAAGGUUGGAACGGCAUCAUUGGAAGAGAAAAAGACAAGACAGACUGCAAAGAUAUAGAAAUUAAGAAGCCGGCUCACUGUCUUCAAGCUAUCGUCUCCCAGGUUUUGGAAGAGAGAAGAGAGGAUGAGAGCCAUAACCAACAGAACGAUCUCACGGGAGAGGAAGAGCUCUGGGGUGCGGAUGAUAUUGAGUAUGUUCCGCCAUGACAGUACUGCUACUUCGCGAAGCCAUGGAUUUGCAAAUUUGGCCCUGUGUUCUGGCUCAUCUAGUACUUCCAUCUUCACCUCAUAGGAAGCUUCAUAUGUUUCUGCAGAAGGGCUGAACACUGGAGUUUUUACGUGGGCAGGUGUCUGCUGAGGUAAUGAGUACCGGCUUGAAACAUAUCUUCUUGGGGCGGCCAUGGGUGUUUUUCCAGGUGUUCGGCCUGGAGUUCUUGCCGGAGUCCAUGUAGGUGGACGACGAGGGGUCCCCUUGACACCAUUAUAGAGCCAAACCGGGAAGUCCUUGUAGAAAUGAGAAGCCAAUCGUGGAUUAUAAGCAGUACUACCAUGCAAAUGCUUUGGUGUUGCGAUUUUUCUUUCAAGGGAGUUGUCAAAAUCAUCAUCGUCAUCAUCAUUGUAAUGAGCAUCUAGCCGAGGAGUCGAAUUCCCAGUCGAAAAUGGUUGGCUUCGGAGACUGAAAAGCUGUGAUGCAGGAGUCUUUCUGUAAGGAGUGUUGGGGGUCUUGGGUGUUUUUGGAAUAGGGGUUCUUGCCACUUGAUCAGGCUUGAUGCCAUCCCGCUGGUACAGAACAAGAGGAUCAACUCCUAUGGUUGAUUCAUCAUACUCUUUGAUCACAUCCAGGAGAUAUUCAAGGCUGUUCUCACCAUCUGGAACUGGUCUUCCGAAUGCAGAGAGGUAGGUAGGAAGAUCAGUUGGUCUUCCAGUAUAUAUCAGUCUGCCCCUGUUGACACAGCAUAUGGGAUCUUAUUAAGCAUCAACUCUCAGGCUUUGAUGUUGAUCAUAGGCUUUGAUUGUGUUUUACCUUGCUAGGACUGUGAUACGGUCGAGGAGCAUCUGGAUUCUGAAAGAUGGUUGGUGUAUGGUCAUGAGGACAAUGCUACCACUUCUUGCAAUGUCCUGAACCUUUUCCACCACACUGUAAGCGCUUGUAGAGUCCAGACCGGAGGUGGGUUCAUCCAGGAACAGCAGCGGUGGCUUGUGGAUUAUAUCAACCCCUAUAGAUACUCUCCGCCGCUCUCCACCGGACACUCCCCGUCUGCCCUCAUUGCCGAUAUAUGUAUGGGUUGCACUCUAUUUGCAGAUCAAUGAAGUUAUCAGCUGUUUUUUUUUGGUAGUUUGCAAAAGAAGACUCAUUCAUAAUUCUCAUACCUGUAAGCCCAGUUGAUCAAUGAGCUCGAAAACUCGUUUUCUCUUCUCUGAUCUGGAAAUUGAAGGAGGAAGCCUAACCUCAGCUGCAAACAUGAGGGUCUCAAAGACUGUCAACAUGGCAAAGAGCUGAUCAUCUUGCAUUACAUAAGAAGAAACCAUCUUCAUAUAGCUUGCGGAAACCUGAAAAACCAUUAAUCCUUACCCCUCAAGACUUCCUCGAGCAAUCCUCCCAGCCAAGGCGUCCAGAAACGUGGAUUUUCCAGCCCCGCUAGGCCCCAAGAUGGCCAUGAUUUCACCUCUAACUGCCUGGCCGGAAAGAUCAUUAAGAAGGUAAACUUCUUUGGUGAUUGUCGCGCCAUCCUUCUUCUGCUGCUUCGGCACACUAUAGGAAAGGUUACUAAACUCCAGGCCUUGGCCUGGAAUCAUUUUCCGGGGUUCAUGCGUGACAGCCUGGUUCUCAAUUUUCACCGACUUGUCCAUGACCAGCAGGGUUUCCAGGUUUCUGUUUCUCCCCGUCCUACUGAACUUCGCCAUUGGGCUGACGGCAAUGAAGCAGUUUCAGCCUCUUUGGGUUUUCUGAAUCCGGGUUUUCUUAGUUUAUAGAGCUAAGUUUUGAGCUGGGGGUGAUGUUAUAAAUUGAGGAGAGAUGAGGUGUUAAGUAUUGACAAGAGCUGCGACGGUUAAAAUCAUGAAAAGGAAGAAAUCUGUAGGGUUGUGGACAAAGGCAAAGGAGAAUGGACCAUCGGGCGGCAACACUAAUGUUGAAGCUUCAAGAAGCUUUUCAUGCUCUUAGUUGGUUUGCUUUGAGUUUUCCGCUUGGUAGUUUUGUUUCAUUCAGAGCUAGCAUAGGAACCUGUUUAUUUAUUUGUAUUAAUUCCUCUUACUAAUGGUUCAUCAGUUCAAUAAGAUGAAAGCCCAGAAAUGAGUGGAGAAUGGA